AUGAGUGGCUUAUCGCUGAAGGCAUACAUUGAAGACAUGAGGAAGAUAUGGAGUCAGUUGGAGCUUCUUCAGCAAGCUUUUUGUAACCUCAAUGUCGUUCCGGGCCUUCAAAUGGCACUAAAUCUUUCCAGCCCUCUUCACGAAGAAUUCCCCAUGACAUGGGACGCUCUGCUCAAAGGUGGAUACUUCCCCGACAGUAUGGACCUUGCUUCCCUCACAGAAGGACAACCUCCACAAGCAUUACUUUUUAAGUUUAGUGCUUUCGAAAGGUGCAUUCUCAGGGAUUUGAAGGGUCUUCGCGAUUGCAUGAAGAAGGUCUCUCCAAGGUUCCCUGGGAACCACUUCAUGAACUUGUUCUUUGACGUCAUCGAGGGGAUGGCAGGAGUGGCAUUGUUCCUCCACCGCAACAAACGAAAGUACAAGGCCCAAACGCAACAAGCAAUGAAACGACUCCAGGCGGCUGCGAAAGAUGGCUCAUCAGACGCCUGCAUCUUUCACCAAUUGUUGGAGGCAAUCAUGUCCACCGUUGCAUGGCCUCGUGUUUCGGCGGCUAACGUGAAGAAAAGGUUUGAUGCUGCGGUGGUCUCGAGCGGGGCGUGCUGUCUGUACAAUGAAUGGGGAGCUCACAAGAAAGUCAAACUGAUGCAAAACUCGUAUGACUUUAUUCAAGUGAAGUCAUCUGCACACAGCUACGCCCUCCGUGGACGGUCCCGUAUUUCGGACAGCUCCAGAAGGGGAUCAUUUCGGGACCUGCUGGAGAAGGAGAUCGCAACCUGUGUCGUGGAGGGGGAAUGA